AUGGCUCCCAAAACCCAGCUUCCGCCCUCAGCAUUCUUCACGACCCUCAAACACCUUCUCUCCUUGGAACAAGAAUCCGAGAUCCAGGAAACAAGUCUACUCCUCUCGUCAACACCGCCGACGACUCUUGCCCGUGCAGGCCUGGCCAUUGUCAAUCUUUCGAUCCAUUCCCUCCGCACUGGGCUUGGUGGUCGCUCCGUCGUCGAGCUCGGUCUCGAUUCCGCCGUCGUGUCAAAGGACUCCAAAGGCGAGUUACCCGAGCAUGGCAUCCGGACAGGGGAUAUUGUCCGUGUGGGAGAAAUGCCCAAGGGCACGGCAAAGAAGAAAGAGGUCAAUGACCUGAAGGGAAAGGGCGUGGAGGGGGUGGUGACCAGGGUUGGGGAGAGGGCCGUCUGGGUCGCCCUUGGGAAGGAUGGUGAUCGCGGUGAAGACGUGGAAGAAAUACCAGACGGGAAGCUGUGGUUGGUCAAGUUGGCGAACGAUGUCACCUACAAAAGAAUGAACCAGACUCUCACAAAACUCCUCACUGGGCCGGAGUCGUCAUACACUAGCCUCCAGCGAGUCCUGCUCGGUCUCUCCUCCCCCGGCACAGCCGAUCCUGCUCAGUUCAAGGGGAUAUCAUUCUUCGACGAAACUCUAAAUCCCUCGCAACAAGACGCAAUCCGUUUCGCUCUCUCUUCACCGGAACUUGCACUCAUCCACGGUCCACCAGGAACAGGCAAAACAUACACUUUGAUCGAACUGAUCCUGCAAUUUCUCAAGCAAGGUCAACGCGUGCUCGUCUGCGGUCCUAGCAAUAUUAGUGUGGACAACAUCGUCGAACGUCUCGCCUUGGCGUCUCCAAGCACGCCCAUUGUGCGCCUGGGUCAUCCAGCUCGUCUCUUACCCGGCGUCUUGAGUCACUCGCUGGAAGUCUUGACACGAACAAGCGAGGCAGCAGGCAUAGUGAGCGAUGUGCGCAAAGAGAUGGAUGAGAAGCAGGCGUCAAUUCGAAAGACCCGCAACGGCCGUGAACGACGCGGCAUCUAUGCAGAUCUGAAGGUGCUGAGAAGGGAGUACCGCGAGCGGGAGAACAAGUGCAUCGACGGCUUAGUGAGAGGCAGUAAAGUUGUACUGUCGACAUUGCAUGGUGCUGGCAGCCAGCAAAUCCGAAAUCAGGAAUUUGAUGUCGUGGUCAUUGAUGAGGCUAGUCAAGCCCUCGAGCCUCAAUGCUGGGUUCCUCUGGUGUUUGGUGGUAGCAAUGUGAGGAAGCUCGUCCUAGCGGGCGAUCAUCUGCAAUUGCCCCCGACAGUCAAGAGUGCAGGUAACAAGGACAGCAAGGAGAACAACAAAGCCAAGAUGAAGACCCUGGAGGAAAGUUUGGCCAAAUUGUUCGUCAAGGACGAGGAGUUGAAGUCGGCGAAGAGUUGGUCGUUGGAGGACACCAUGUUUGACAGGCUUCUAGCCAUUCAUGGACCUGGUAUAAAAAGACUGCUCAAUACGCAGUAUCGCAUGCACGAAAAGAUCAUGCGAUUCCCAAGCGACGAGCUGUAUGAAGGAAAGCUUGUUGCAGCCAACGCUGUCAAGUCUCGUCUCCUGAAAGACUUACCGUACGAGACAAAGGAGACCGAAGACACUGUUGAGCCACUCGUCUUCUUCGACACACAGGGCGGUGAUUUCCCCGAGAAGACUGAAGAUGAUCAGGGAGGCCAAGUUCGCAAGUCGACCCUGCUGGGAGACAGUAAAAGCAACGAAAUGGAGGCUGCUGUGGUAGCUAUGCAUAUAAAACAUCUGGUCGAAGCUGGUGUAAGAAAUGAGGACAUCGCAGUGGUGACACCAUAUAAUGCACAGCUUGCCCUCUUAAGCUCACUGCUCAGAGAGACGUACCCCAAUAUCGAGCUUGGGAGCGUCGACGGUUUUCAGGGGCGAGAAAAGGAAGCUGUCGUUGUCAGCCUCGUCCGAAGCAAUGCUGAGAAGGAGGUGGGCUUCCUCGGUGAGAAGAGGAGAUUAAACGUUGCCAUGACACGACCGAAGCGACAACUCUGUGUAAUCGGCGACUCCGAGACAGUUUCCCGCGGCAGUCCUUUUCUGAAGAGAUGGAUGAAAUUCUUGGAGGAUAAUGCCGACUUGAGAUAUCCAACCAUUGACGACUUGGAGCUCGGAUAG